UGCCUUGUUGCCUGGUGAAAGAGGUACAAAAUGGCUUACAGCGUGACUCUGAAUGGACCUGGACCAUGGGGUUUCCGACUGCAAGGGGGCAAGGACUUCAACAUGCCUUUGACCAUCUCCAGAAUCACCCCUGGCAGCAAGGCAGCACAGUCACAGAUGAACCAAGGGGACCUUGUGGUAGCCAUUGAUGGAGUCAACACUGACAGCAUGACCCACUUAGAAGCCCAGAACAAGAUCAAGUCAGCCAGCCACAACUUGAGCCUCACUCUUCAGAAAUCUAAACGUCCAGUGCCGGUUUCAACCACAGCGCCCAGAAUUGACUCUCCCAGGGCUGUAAUUCCCCACCAGAAGGUCAUAACCAACACCGCUGCCAACACGGAGUUCACGGAGCGUUUCAACCCCAAUGUCCUGAAGGACUCUGCCCUGUCUACACACAAACCCAUCGAGGUGAAAGGCCUAGGCGGCAAGGCUACGAUAAUUCACGCCCAGUAUAACACCCCCAUCAGCAUGUAUUCCCAAGAUGCUAUCAUGGAUGCAAUUGCAGGCCAGGCACAAGCCCAGGGUGGAGAAUUUGCUGGUACCCUUCCUAUUAAAGAUCCUCACGUAGACAGUGCCUCUCCGGUGUAUCAGGCUGUGCUUAAAACUCAGAACAAGCCCGAAGAUGAAACCGAAGACUGGAGUCGCCGCUCUGCCAAUUUGCAGUCUAGGUCUUUCCGCAUCCUUGCCCAGAUGACUGGAACGGAGUACAUGCAAGAUCCGGAUGAAGAAGCCCUGAGGAGGUCAAGGGAAAGGUUUGAAACGGAACGUAACAGCCCACGCUUUGCCAAAUUGCGCAACUGGCAUCACGGCCUAUCAGCGCAAAUCCUUAAUGUUAAAAGUUAA